AGCCCGCAAAACUACUACGAUUGUUCUGAAGGAGGUAUCAUAUACAGUUAACAGUGUAACCUUUUAUAUGAUUGCGAAAGGGGACCUAAAAUGUCGACUAGUGGCACUCUAAGCAACUACUAUGUCGAUGCGCUCAUAGGACAUGAGGCAGAUGAAGUCUAUGGGACGAGGUUUCCACAGGGGGGGCAUACAACGACCUCAAGGCCCCCAGGGGUAGGGGAUAACUCGGAUUUCUCUUCAUGUAGUUUUGCACCUAAAUCGCCAGUAUUUCCAACCUCCUGGACGUCAGUUCACCCCCAGUCUUCCACUGCUUUGCCUGGGAUCUACCACCCCUAUGUGCACCAGACUAAUCUGACAGCUGAUAACAGAUAUCUGAGGUCCUGGAUCGAGCCUAUUUCCAGCUCCGUCUCCUUCCCGGGCUUUCACCCAAAUGGACGACAUUACGGGAUCAAACCUGAAACUUUUUCAAAGAGGACGGAGUGCUCGUCGUUUGAUGCCCAGGCACUGACCCUGUCUGAGUUCACCUGCGCCCCAGUCCUGGAAAACAGAGACAAAACUGCCAAAGAACCGUGUAGCAGCGACAGUUCCAACGUCGGCGACCUCAAAGAGGAUAAACAACAACUCGAUCCAAACAACCCUGCAGCAAACUGGAUCCAUGCUCGUUCCACAAGGAAGAAACGCUGCCCCUACACAAAGUAUCAGACACUGGAGUUGGAAAAGGAGUUUCUCUUUAACAUGUAUCUUACUAGAGAUCGUCGGUAUGAGGUAGCCAGGAUUUUAAACCUGACAGAAAGACAGGUGAAAAUAUGGUUUCAGAACAGAAGAAUGAAAAUGAAAAAGAUGAACAAAGAGAAAGGAAACAAUGAACAGUGCUAACAUUUAAAAAAAACUGCUUGUUGACCUCAGUAUGCCUUUUAUUGACAAAAUUUGUCUACAUUUUUUCUACAGGCAGAAGUUAUUUAUAUAUAUAUAUAUAUAUAUAUAUAUAUAUAUAUAUAUAUAUAUAUAUAUAUAUCUGGACUGCUGUGUAAGGCUAUUCAUUUUUGUACUGCCUCGAAGUCUUUUUUUUUUUUUUUGAAGGAGCUACUAAUUUUUAUUUUAUAUGUACGUUACUUUCGAGUUAUUGGAGUGACUCGGGAGUGUUGUGUAACUGCACGUUUAGUCUGUUACCUAGUAGUGUUACAGUUGCGUCUUUUGUCUUCCCAGCGUGAAUAGAAAAUAUGUCUGCAUUAUGAACAUUUAUUUGAAAUGUUGUAUAUUAUUUAAAUAAUGGUGAGAACUCUAAGGUGCUAUUGCCUUUGUUAAGUAGUAGUUGUGAAACAGUAUUUUAGAUUUAUUGAUAAGCAUAGUUGCAGCUGGGUUAGUUUUUGUAAUACUUAUUUUGAGGUGUUAUGUUUGCACUUAUUCCAGUGUACAUUUCACAGGUUUUACAAAAUAAUGUUGAUCAUUAUUUUACCCGAGUGCCCGAAACUCACGGUUACAAAAUAAGAAAACAAGCACUGCAGGUAAAUAAUAAUUUAUGGCAAUUAUUACGCUCAAGUGAAAGCCGGGUGUUGUUAAUGUAUAAUAAGACUUUAUUCAAGUGCAGUAAAAUGACAUGAAAUGUCACAAUUACAAAACAGGCUUCUGGAGUAAUCAGUUAUAAUCUUGAUUACAGAAAAGGACUCAUUUAAUGUUUGAUUAUGCGGAUCUCGGCUUUGGUAUAGUAAUACCAUUAAGGAUACUGUUUUGUGUAUUAUGUUAAGUUUAGCUUCUUGGUAGUAAAAUGGCAUUUUAAGUAGGGUUGUUUUAAACUGAGCAUAAAAGAAAAUAUUGCACUUUCGAAAUAAGGAGUUUGUUAAAGAUGAUAAUGGUCUGUUGUCAAUUUAUCUUUGUGUCUUUAUGAGACUUAAAAGCUACAUUUUCAGAAUAUUUGAAGGUAUUCCACGAUGGCAUAUACAGACUGAGCCUCACAUUUUGGACUAACGCAUUUAAAUGCUAAAAAAUCGAAUGGUUGUUGCCUUCUGACGUUUUAGAGGUGUAAACAGACUGUUGGCGACACUUGUAAACUUAAUACACAUCUGUCGUUGUUCUUCUUUUUAUUUUUCCCCUAAACUGGGUUACAGAAUAAUACACUGAAAUUCAAGUUGAUUAAAUAUCUACUUGAAUAUAUACAGGAAUUAAUAUAUUUCUGGCAGAAAAGUUUCAGCAUUUUAGUUCUGCUUACCACUAUAUAGAGUGAAGCAGGCAGACAGCAGCUGUUCCCUUCUUAGUUCAUAGUACUUAGAAACCCUUGAAAUAGGUGCUGAAGGGCAUUCUUGUAUAGGAUCAUGUGUAUACCUAGGCGGCCUUUAGAACAGGAAGUAAAAUAAAACUGUAAACUGUCUCGAAGUCUGGACUUAAUACGUUUAUUAGCUCUGACCUACCGCGCUUCCCUUUUAAGUCUAUCUUGUUUUUGAUCAUCCGACAUAGGCAAGUAACAAACAAACCUACAGACACAAGUUACGGCAGGGAAGUUAGGGUAAUAAAUUAAAUUAUGUCACCACAGGCCCCAGCAAUGACGCUGGUAAUUAAAAAAGUAUACCAGUUCUCAUUUGUAUUUAAAUGGACGAAUGCAUGAUAACAGUUUUGCUUAAUUAAUAUAAUUUAAGUUAGUUCCAUUUUCAAGUGAGGCUACAACUGUUUAGUUUUAGUAAACACAGCAACAUAAUAAAAUAAUAUUCAAGUCUAGAAAUAUUAGAGUUGUGCAUUUAUUUAUAUGGUGAAAACGUACACGUUCGUUUGUACGAUAUCAAAGGAAGUCCGAUAUAUAACCGAUAUGCUUUUAAGAACGUCUGUGAACGAAUACUUAUUGAGCAACUACUUAACUGUGAGGAUUUUAAAACUGUUUGAAAUAUUCAUGCACUUAUACACGUUAUGACAUUUCUAUUCAUUUAUUAGACAAGUAUGUGCACUUUCCCCCUCUCUCUGUCUGCAUUUCUCGCUGUUUCACACACACACACACACACACACACACACACACACACACACACACACACACGGCUUCCACAGUUUUUCAGUCUCAGUUGCUGUUUAGGGCUUACGGUAAUCCACAUUUUCCUAUUUGGCCACUAGAGAGCGCAGUUGCUCCAUCGUUGCAUGCAUUUUGUUUUUACAGCAACUUUUCCCUAUUGAUUCUUUCUAAAACCUACAGUUCAAACGCACUAAGUACAGUUGUUGCCGGCUGUAAAUAAGUAUCCUGAUUAACGAGUAAAAAAAACCCAGUGAUUUUUUAGUGUUCAAAAUCAAACAAAAGGAAGACUUAACAGUGUACAAUAACAUAACAAUGAAAGCAGACAGUAGAGUGCCCGGAGUAUACAUACUUACAAGUUCACCUACAGGUUUUAUCUACAUCUCUGCAAUAAAAUAACGUAUUUACAGAAUCUGAUUAGGCAUAGUGGUAAACAUGCAAUUUUGACAGUGGAUUGCAUGUAGCGAAUGACAUUAUAAAUGCAACACGUUAAAAGUAAAUAAGAGAUUGCAGCCCCAACUACAUAAUGCUUUCAUAAAGAACUAACGAUGCGUGGGGCAGACACAGUUGGCAUGAUAAAAAUCAUUUUCUUUAGCACAGCUAUUUGCUUAAAAUUAUUUUACAUGAACGCUAUGACAUAGACAGUAAUACGAUUGCUUAUAUCAGACGUAAAAGAGGGUGUAAAGAAAAGUAAGAACAAAUGCUGUGUGCAAAGUAUACAUUUAUGGGUUCCUCGAAAAUGUCCUCUUUCAAACAUUGAUUAAUGACAAGCCUUUCUGUUUUGUCUGUUUACUAUCAUAUCUUGUUAUCCGCAUGGUUUACAGACAUAGUUGAAACAAACUGGAUAUCAAUUGUUUUAAAUAAACAUGCUAAAGGAAGCUUAAGAACCGUAGUUUAUUAGCACUUAAUGGGAAUAUGGUAUACAUAUCGAUGUGUACACAAAGAUACUGGAACACAAACGUGAUGUAAUACCUUUUAUUGGACCAACAUGGGCUUUGCAAUUACUCGAGCUUUCAAACUGGCAUGAGCAUUUCGUGUGUAUGGAAAGAAAAGUAUAUCAUUUAUUUCCGAUUUGAUAAAAAAAUGUCACAGUGGAAAAUUUGCAGCUGGGAUAUUUCAUACGGCCUACACCUCAGAGGCAGGUGUUUUCCUUACAUCCAUGUGUUUUGAGAAGGAAACAGACUCUCAGAGAAAUUGUGUGGGUGUGUGUGUUAAAAUUAGCUUAGAAGAAAUAAAGAUAAAUGGUCGUUACAAAGUUAAAAUAUAUUUGUAGGGGCAUCAGGUCCGUGGAAUUUUGUUCAGGAAUGUUUUAAAGAAGAGGAAAGGUAGAUAUCUAACCAAAUUCACCCUUCUUCAUUUAAUAUUGUGUGCAUUAAUAAUCCAUCAGUGUUUUGCACUGAUUCAAAAGUGGCAACCAUAUUAUGAAUGUGUCAUAACUCUCAAGUGCUCCUUAUUAUAAGGAACGUUCUUCAUUAUGAGUCUUAAAAAUUAGUAUUCCGCGCUGUUGCACAUUGAAAAUCUUGUAACAAUUUAAAUGUUAGUAUGUUUAGCAAAUAUCCACGGUAAGAAUGCUGAAGCAUAUUUACCAAUACAAACAGUUUUUCGUGAGUAUGAAGAACCAGUCAUUAACCAUGUUAUGAUCUUUCUUUGAAGUUUUGUCAGUAGGUGCUCUGCAUUUUGCCCUUUUAUUUCACAUCGUGAGUGAUAGUGCUCCACGGUCUGGAGAUGGAAAGUCAACAUAUAUGUUUGCUGUAACAGCAAAGAGCUGUUCCUUACAGCUGCACUAGACCAGUACACUGUUUUGAAAAAUAUCCAAAAGCAGUGAAUUCUUAUCUGUUUGCAGUCACACACACACUGUAACCACCUGUCUGUGUUUAGGCAGGACAGUCACUUGGGCAGUCUGGGGGGG